GAGACAGAAGUAGAGCUAAGUACAUGUAGUUUUGGAAAUGUAUAAGUAAACAUGUAUUGUGUUCGCAAAUCAGCUUAUCAAAUACAAUCGCACACAUUUAAAUAUAUUAUUGGCGUGUAUUCAGAACUAAUAUUCCUAUAUAUACAGGCACAGAUUGGAUGCGACAUCUUUUUCUAGCUGCUCUUUAUGUAACGGAUCAUACUAAUCCCUGUGUUUUUCCAGUGGCCCACAAACAUCAAUACAAAAUAGCUUAUAACGAAAGUUUUUUUUUUUAAAUAAAAAAUGGCCUGCUUGUUUGGACUUGGUAAUAUUGUCCAUGAUGUUUUUAUUUUUUAGGAUGUUGUUUUUUAUUUUUACAAUGUUCAUUUCACAAUGUUAAGUUUUAUACAAUUAUUAUCUAGGCUGUAUAUUGUGUAGUUAUGUAUGUAGUUGCUAUUAUAUUUCUGUAUGUUUAACACUUUAUUCCGGAUAGAAAUAAGCUCUGAAAAACAAGUUCAUGGAUCAUGUGUGAACUGUAUUAGGUGCCUGAAAACCGCCUUAAGGAAAUUAUGAGGGGGAAAAAACAGAAAUUAUGAUAGAUGACAUGACGAAGGACAUCCAUUUGCCACCACUGUCAACGUCUGAAAGCAGGUUGUCAUCAAGCAAUGGUACUCAAGGGCAGUUGGGGUCUGUGUCAAAAAUACUCAAAGUUACAGAUGGAUGUGGCUCUGGUUAUCUUUCUACUUGGCCUGCCCAUGUCAGCUGUCAGGUUGUCCAACCACACAGUCAAAAACACACUGGCCCUGGAGCAAAUAGAAACCAUGGAUGCAGUGAUGAACUUGGAUAUACUGUAUCUAAGCCACGGUUCCUGGAACAGCUGGAGUGUUAUCUCAGGAGAGAACUGGCAUCUUUAGACAUGAAAAGCCCGAAACUGCAGCAACUCAAACUUCAGGCAUAUCGAGAAGUUUUUGACUGUUUUAUCGAAGACUUUAAAACAUACAAGCCACUAUUGUCCGCCAUCAAAAAUGAAUAUGAGAUUACUCUAGCUUAUCUGCAACAGAAGAUCCAAGAACUGGAGCCUCUCCGUGCCCAGAUAGUGCUGCUGAAUGAACGGUGUGAGGAGAGGAUUCUGGACCUGAGGAAGCAAGAGAGAGCUGAGAUAACGGCUUUGAAACAAGAGCGCCAACAUCUGCAACAAGUCAUAGAAAGCAUGAAGGAGCAACAGAGAGCUUUGCUGAGCCAGGUUUCACAUCUAGAAGAGGACCUUGCAAGACAGUAUGUGCUGUACAGGGAGGAACGUGAUGCCCGCAGGCUUCUCAUUCACAGUAUCAGCAGCACGAGCUUCAGCCCACAGGAGUCUGAUUACACCCUGGAUGAUGAUGCUGUGAAUCUAAAGCUGGCUUUGGAUGUUUGUAGAGGGGAUCUAAACAAGGCCCAGAUGGAGCUCAAUCACUUGCAUGCAGAAUAUGGAGAUGUGGUUCCACGUAGAGAAUGGGAGAACCUAGAACGUAUGUACCAGGAAACCCUCAUAAAGCUGGAGACCCUACAGUCUGACUUCAACCAAAUGAAGAUGGAAUAUGACACAUUGCUAAAUUUACAUCAGCAGAUCAGUGUACAGAGAGACAGCCUGGAUAGAACAGCUUUAACUCCUAGACCACGGUGGGAGCAGUGUGCAGACGUAUUUGGUAGCAGAGAUCGUUGUUCUGAGCUCUUUGAGGACACUUCAAGUCAAAAGAAACUAGAGCUAUUGCUGAAUGAGUUAAACAGCAUUAGCCUGGAGCAGAAAGACUUCCUUACUGGACUGGGUACUUCCAGUGAUGUUCCCAUCUACCUGCGCUAUGAGGGGCAACUGAAGAACCUCAGAUUAAAAAAGACUGAUGUUAUUAGAGUUCUAAAGGACAUAUGGAGAGAGAAAGCAUCCGAAAAUGAGAAGAUGGAUGAAAGAAGCGAUCUAAAUGAGUUUCUGCACCAGUAUUUGUUAAAGCACCAUGGUGAGAGGGCAGGACAGUGGGCUUACAGCCUACUUGAUGGCAUCAAGCGAUAUCUAGAAGAUGACUUUAUUUGUCUCUUCUAUGACAUUCUCCAAGGCAAGGUGGAUGAAAGUGUGUAUCAUGGCCAGACUGAUGUACAGUCUUGUCUACUCAAAGUGCUCAUACAGUGUGACAGUACUGAGAGUGGAUUGCUGAGUACACCCCAAUUCAGUGAGGCUCUGAGAAUUGCUUUCCCCCUGAAAGGAGAUCAGGAAAUAGAGGAACUGGUGCUGGCUGCUCAGUCAGAACUGCAGACCAACGGAGGAAGCAUUGCGUAUCAAAGGCUGUACAUUGAGGACACAGAUGGAAAGCAAAGUGAUUUCCUGGGUCUCGUAAAAAAGCAGGCUAUGGCUGAGAGGCAACAGUAUAUCAGCCAGCUGAGGGAGCGACUGAAAGGCAAGGGGGAAGUGGGAGUGGAGGAUUUAAGAGCUGUUUUCAAGAAAAUCGAUCCUAGACUGGACUCUGAGACCUUGUCAAGUUAUUUAAGCACAGCAUUUCAAACUAAAGAGCUGCAUGAACACACAGCACGUCUGGACACUGAGGUUGCGUUACAGCGUCUCUCUGUAACUAAUGUAAACAGGGCAGGACAUAUGCCUCAGUCAGAAUAAUUCAUCCACACACAUUUCACAUGUAUAAAAGGAAUCUUAGAUUUAAACCUAAUUAAGGAAAUAUAUGGGAUAAUAUUACAUUUUCAAUUAAAAAAUAAUAAAUUCAAGGUCUAGUUUUCAAUUUUUCUGAGUUUUUAAUGUUUAUUUAAAUUAACAAUUUAGGUUUGGCAAAUGUCAUGCUCCCCUGAUCUUUGGUGGCCUGGAAAGUGUCUAUAAAGUGACUGGCAGAAGGCACAUUCAAACACAAACAAGCAUUCUGAGAAAGUCAGAAUGUCAGUUUUCCAUAUGGGUUUUUUCAGGGAAAUUAUCCACCAAAGCCAAUGCUUAAUUCAUAUUCUGAAAUUCGUAAUCCUUAUGUACAACUGAACAUUAUAAAUUGGACUGUGAAAUGGUCAAAUAGUGCUUGACUUUGUUUUUAAUGUUUUACAUUACCAAACAGUUUUGUUCACCGUGGCUAAGUUUUCCACGUGCUGCAAAAUAACAAUGUUCAUAGAUAUAGCAUUACUUGCAUGCACCUGCACAUUCAUGUACAGUAGUUAUCCAAGUAUCCAUUCCAUGCAACCCCCAGUGUGGACAUUCACUAUUGUUGCCCAUCCACCUUCAAUGUCCUGUGCAUGCUGAGAUGCUUUUCAAUACACCACAGCUGUAAAAGGGAUUACCGUAUGCUUCCUGGCAACUCAAAGCAGUCCGACCAUUUUCGUCUGACCUCUUUCGUCAACAAGGCAUUUCCACCCACAGAACUGUUGCCUAGGUAAUGUUAUUUGCACCAUUCUGUCUAAAAUCCAGACACUGCUGUGUGUGACAAUCCCAGGGGACCUGGGAUACUCAAACCAACAGGUUCUGAAAUACUUAAACCACAUCACA